GGGAUAUCGACUAACUAAAGGAUCAUGCUGGUUCGAGGACUUGCUCGGUUUUCCACCGAAUUAUCAUAGUUAUUUACGAUUUUUCUCACAAAUUCCCCUCUAGUAUCGGGGUGUUGGUUACAGAUCAGUUCAUGUAUCGUUUUGGGCGGGUUUAGAUGGAAAACGACGCUAAACAGAGGUCGCAACGACACAAGAGACGAGAGAGAGCUGCUGAAAUGAAACAGCAGCAACAACACAACCAUAAUAAUGACAUCGGGAGUGGGGACGACGAUGAAAGACCACCGUCACUGAGAGAUCGGGAGAGGUCAAGACCACGGCAUAAGCGCAGACGGAGUUCAAGUUCACACGAGGAAGACAUAAUAGACGGUUUCGCCAUAUCCAGCUUUGCAUCCUUGGGCCAUUUAGAGGAUGGUAUGGUGAAGGCUGUGAAUAGAUCAAGAGACAAAUACACCCCAAGGAGUCUAGAAAAUGGCACGGAAACCAUAUUACACAAACCAAGACCUGGUCGAAAAAAGGUGAGGUCACCACAUUCUAACAAGUGUAUAAGCGACGAAAAUACAAGACCAGAAGAGACGAACGGAUUACCAAGAUUUCGCUCUAAAGACAGAUUAAGUGACGGCAGCUCUCAUUCCAGCUCUGGAAAAGGAUACAUCUGUGACAGCGAAAGUGAAGGGGACCGAGUGUCAGAUGGUGGAUCGGAUUUAUUCACUGCAUCUCCCACAGUCCCGAGAAGAGAGCUGGGUUUUCAUAAGCCUCCUUUGCAGACAAAUGACAUCAACACUCAAGAUGACCACCCUACCCUUCCAGCUUGUUUACCACCUACCACAACUACAAGAAUUAAUAUAAGUAAUACUGUUACUGUCCCAAGCAUUGACAAGGAGAGGUUUCCAUCAGUGGCCUUGUCGAAACCUCCUACCUGGUCUAGUGGUACCACCACUACCAGUAUAAUCACCAGCAAGAGUAUAAUCAGCAGUACAUGUAGUAGUAGCAACCACAGCAUUUCCGUUGUACCAACCACGUCAACAUCAAACAGCGCAGGAUACUCCACACCAUCUCGUAUCCCGUCUAACCCUUUCCCUCUCUCGUCACCUCGUCCUCCUGGCCCUCCUCAGCCACCUCAUUCCCAUCCAUCUAAUUUCCCCCAUUCACCCGUCAUACAACAGCACCCCCCUCCCCUGCCACAGCAGCAUCCUCCUCCUCCUCCACCACCUCCUCAGCAUCAUCCUCCCCCACAAGCCAACCCCCAUAGCAUGUUCACAUCAACUUUGCCUCCACCACCGCCAUUGACAUCAACAGCAUUACCAAUUCCACCAGCAGCCAAUCAUAACUUUCCCGGUGAAAACAAUCUUAGCUUUGUUGCUCAACAAGAUAUACUGAGACAGGAGUUGAACACUCGUUUUUUAGCUUCACAAGACAGAAGUGCUAACAUUCCACCCCCGCCCUACAUGCGAAGUGAACUGCAUACACAUCAACACAUGCAUCAGCAUCAGCAUCAACAUACGCAUUCGUUUAAUUUGCCGCCAGCGUCAUUGGUGCCGACACCCGCUCCACAUAUGUUAGGACUACCAUAUGCUGGAAUAUCUCCAAUGACUGGACCAGUGUCUUCAGGACCACCGUCAGGAACGCCAGUCUCACAAGCUGGCCCGUUUAGUUCCAAUUCAUAUGGUGCAUUCCAACCCAAGUUGGCACUGACUGAUACUCUAUUACGAAGGAGGGCCAGCGACCAGUCAAAUCAAUCCUCCAGAGCAAAGCCUGGUAGGUGGUGUGCUGCACAUGUUAACGUUGCUUGGCAUAUUUACCAUCAGCAACAAAAAGAAAAAGCUGCCGAUGUGCAUAAAGAUGCCUUAGCCAAAACUGAUUUAUUUGCUAGAUCAUCUAAUCAUAUGAUGGCAUCAAUUCAUCGACCACAUGAGUUGGUCUGUCCAACGUCAUUACUUCACGGACCAGGAAAACGGGCUCAUGAUCAACUUGUUCUAAACUCCCCUGUUACUGGUGCAGCAGGCCCACCAAAUCCAUUUGGUAAUGGGGGCGGUGGUGGUCAUCAUUUCCUUGGUGGCAGUACUGGGCCAUUAAUUAUGCCUCCAUUCCCAAGAGCACUGGGAUAUGGUUCAAUAGGUAGUGGAUUUAGUCUGGCUGGAUUAGCAGGUAACGGUUUGCUGACACAUCGAGAUAUGAACAGUCUGCAUGCAUUGGGUAGUCCUCAUGAUGCCUGGAAUAGACUACACAGGACACCGCCAAGCUUUCCUACGGCACCGCCACCAUGGCCUGGUUUGAAAACUGAAACUGACAGGGAACGAGAAGCUCUAAAUGCCAGUGUUAAUGAGGCUGAUCGUGAACGCAGAAUACAUGAACUGGAAAGAAUGGAAAAUAGGGCAAUGAGCAAUGACAAAGAUGCUGGUAUUAUCAGGUUACGGGAAAAUGAUCAUCAUUCUGAGCGCUCUUCGGUUCACUCAGAGCAGGGAAGUGAGAAAAGUGCUGAUAAAGAAAAGAAACGGGAAAUGAACAAUUCUCAAGACAAAAUCUGUGAACUUGAAUCUAAUAGUAUAAUAGACAUGAAAAUAAGGCGUGAUAUUUCUGAGUCGCCGUCAAGAAACUCUAAAGACAUGGAGAAUAAACUCUUGCAACAAAAUUGUAAAUCAGAGAGUGCAUUUGACAAUGUGAAAAGUAAACACGAAGUGAAAGUGGAUGAAAAGGAAGAAGAUAGUGACGUUGUUAUUGUGACCCCCGAGAGACCACGAACUGAUGUGAAUUCUGUGUCUGCUAUGAUGGAGAGAAGUCGUGUGGUACUUCCUCAUCCACCAUUCGGCAUUCCAUCACACCAUACAGAAAGACUAUUGAAUUCAGCGCAUCACCCUCACAGUCCGUUGGCUCCUUUCAUUGAACAAGACAGGUAUAGGGAAAGGGAACCACACGACUUUACGCGUGAUAACCCCCUUGGGAUGGACACACGACGAAGUGAUCUUGAUCAUCUGCCACAUCUCGCGGAGGAGCAAGUACGUUUACGCGAAGAUACGAUGGCUGCGGAACGGAAUAGGAUUCUUCAUGGAGGUGAUCAUUUAGGACUUGGUGUCUCAAGGCAUUCAAUGUAUAUUCCUGGCGGCUUAUCAUUCGCUGCUAGUGCUUCGGCGAAAAGUUCAAUGUCAUCUUCUGGACUUAGUGGAAUUCCUCCCCCGUUAGUGCCAACUGUGUCACUCAACAGUAACGCUAUUAAACCCAUACACACACAGGCCUCAGCAUCAGUGUCAAACAUUGGCCAAGAUAAAGAUGAGCUCAAAGACAAAUCUAAUAAACCAGACAAAGACACAAGAUAA